GGUCGCCGUUUGUUAGUAUUCACGUGCAGUCUCUCAAGUACAGAUCGCGGAACACGCGCGCGGUAUCCCGUGAACAUAUUUCGCUUUUACGCCACGCGCACGCUUUCGCAUAAUCACAGUUUUUUUAUCGUGCACGAUAUAGUUCGGGUUUGCAUUUAUUUUUUGGGUGUACAUUAUUCGGCGAAAGAUAGCAUUGGAAAUUCAACAGCAGCACACGGAACACGGAAUGCGUAGAAAACAUGCUGCUUGUAUAAAAUGAAAUGUGUUGUGCGUGAAUGUGUUUGUGAAGUUUAUUAAGAAAAAAAGACAUAAAUUGUUAAGUUUCCAAAAAAUGAUCGAUGAGUUCGAACCCGUGCUCUGCGGUUAACGCUCCGUCCAGCCUGCUACAACCGCCCACAUGAUGGGUGUUCGAAAUGAUCGUUAAAAACUCGGCAGGAUACACCUUAGUGGGAAGGUGUUGUGUGUGCAGUAUUGUUUAGAUGCAACCCCCCCGCGCGCAACAGGCAAAUCCGCUGACACUCUAUUAGCUUUCCGGCAGCCCUGUAUGUGUGUGCUAGCAAGUUGGGACCAGAGUUGGGAAAGUGCCCUCUUCCGGAAAAGGGAACCCAUCAAGAUCUAGAGCAUCCGAAGAGGAACCAUUUUUUGUAUGUGCCAAAGAAAAGUGACCAGAAACCAAAGAGAAAGAGAGAGAGCACGUGAACGCACGUGGUAGGUGGUAAGCUGUAAGCAAACAAUCAUGUCUGGAAUCUUCAAAUACACACCCAACCGGACGGCAGCGUCCACACCGAACCGACGGUCAGCUUUCGGCACUGGAUUCGGAAGUCCCGGUGUGCACCAGGAUGCCACCAUGGAUAACUCAUAUGCGAUGGGAUUUCGUUCUCCCUCAAUAAACGCCCUCACCGGUCACGGUUCGCCCGUUCCGGUGCGUUCGUUGCGCGACAACGAGGAAGAAAUCUCGACGCUGCGCAAAGAAAACUUCAACCUGAAGCUACGCAUUUAUUUCCUCGAGCAGAAGGCGGGCAUCUGUACGGACAGUGACACACCCGUCCUGGGUGUAACCUCCUCAUCCUCCACCAACACGUCAUGCGAUGGCAAUUAUUUGAAGCAGAACAUCGAUCUAAAGGUCGAGGUAGAAUCAUUGCGACAGGAUGUUCAAAACAAACAUGACCUUCUCUGCCAGGCGGCCAAAGCGAUGGAGGUGAUGGAGGAAAGCCACAAGAAGGCGGAGGAGAAGCACCGCGAGAUGGUGAACGAUCUGAACAAUCGCAUCGAGAUGCAUCAGCUCGAGAUAAAGUCGCUGGAGAAGAUGGCCAGCGAGCUGCAGCACCAGUACCGUGAGCUGCAACUGUCGACCAGUCGCGCGGGCCUUGAGGAUGAUGGGGUGAAUGAGCACGCGGGCGACAUGACAAGCAGCGUGGCCGGUGGUAAAGGCACGGUGCGCGAUAAUGUUGGCGAAAGUUUGCUGAACUUCCUCGACACCGUACAGCAGCACAGUGAGCUGAGCGUGCAGGAGAAGCUGAAGCUGCUCGAAAUGGAUAACGCGGUGCGACAGUGCCAGGAACGGAACGAGGAGCUGAGCCGCCAGGUGGAACAGCUGCAGGCCAUGAUCGAUGAAAAGACGAGCAAAAUUAGUCAGCUAGAGGUUGAGCUGGGAGAGUUGCGGUUCGAAAAUGCGGAACUGCGCGAAGAAUCCGAAAAGCCACAGAAUAAUGUUGAGAUCGAGCGCCUUAAGCAGCAGAACUUUGACAUCCGGUCCGAGCUGGCCGAAAAGCUGUGCGUGCUCGACGAUACGGAGGCGAAGCUACGGGAAAAAACGAUGGAGUGCACCAAAUCUUGCAAAAUGGUCGAGAAGCUGAUAAAGACAAUAACCGAGCAGGAUAAGGAGCUGGAAAAGUUGAAGCGAAACUCGCCGAUAGAAUUGAACAACAGUCGUGAGCCGCCGAUAAGGAAGAACAUAUCACUUGCAUCCGAGCACGGCAGUUUUCCCGCGGCACCGGUGGAAAUUGUGGACCAGGACCGUAAACCGGUCAGCCAGUCCGAGUACGACGCGUUGGUGCAGCGUGCCAAGCUGCUGCAGCACAAGAACGACACGCUCAUUCACAAGCUGUGCGGGGGCAAUGGUAGCGGUACGGCGAAUGGUGGUGGUGGUGGUGGCGACAAUCGUAACGAUCGGAACAUCAUCAUCAAGCAGCUGAACGAUGAGCUGAUCAAGGCGCGGGAAGAGGCCGAAAAGGAGCAACGGUGGCGCAAGGAGACGGCCGAUCUGUGUGCCAUAUCGACGCAUCGGCUCGAGGAGCUGGCCGGCUUUCUCGAUUCGCUGCUCCGGAACAAGGAGCUGCUCGGUUCGCUGUCGACGGACAGCCGCAAAGCAAUUCGCAACGCGGUGGAUCGUAGUUUGGAUCUGUCGCGCAGCCUCAACAUGUCCAUCUCCGUCACGGGGCUGUCGCUGAUCGGCAACAAUAGCUUGGCGCAGCUUAGCUGUCUGUCCGGGUACUUGGACCAUUCGAUCGGUGGUGAUGUUGGUGGUGGACAGAAGAAGCAAGCCGGUGAUGGUAGCGAUGAUGCUGAAGAGUAUGACAAGGAAAACCGAGUGUCGAACGUUAAGGGACAGACGAUUAGCGGCAGCAGCAGCAGCACGUUCGGUGGGCUAAAUCAGACGAAGCAAAUGAUUGAAUCGCUACGCGCUGAAAAUAAGGCUCUUCGGGGUGAACUGAUGGAACAGCAGCAGCAGCAGCGACCUCGUCGCCGGGAGAGCAAGGAACGUAAAUCCGUCCCGAUCGAACCGAUCUCCGACUCGGAAGCAUGGUCCGAGCCGGAUCGAGGUGUAUCGAUGGCCCGGAUCGGUCUGGAGGAUAGCAAGCUGACCGUUCGGCAGAAGAACGCAUCAGCCGGCACGAUCGCCGCCAUGAAUUUGUCCGCAUCCGGCGCCCUGGAGCUCAGUUCCACCUCCGACAACGAGUCGCUCGUCACCGCGGCACAGCGUAAAUCGGGUUCGUCGGGUGAAAUGAAACACCUGCAGGAGAUGGUGGCGUCCCUGAACAAGGAUCUUCAGGACAAGAACGGCACUAUACUCACCAUCCAGAGCCAGCUGGUCGAUCUGGACAGUGAGCUGCAGCGGGAACGCACGCGGUUGGCGAACGUCCAGUCGGAAGCGACCGAGCACCGGCAGCAGUGGGAACGCGAGGCGAACGAAUCGAGAGCAAAGGCUGAACGGAUGGCCGAACGGUUGGCGCUACUGGAAGGUGACAUCCGGCAGCGAGACGCACUGAUCGAGAAGCUACGGAAGGAGCGCGAACAGGCGGCCGUCGAUCUGCGCGUCGCCGUCAUGAAGCUCGAAUCCAUGCACACCGAGUACAGCGAUCUGCAGCAGCGGCACAAGCGAGAGCUGGACGCCCGGCUAGCGCACGAGCAGCGGCAGCUGGAGGAGCUCCGGCAAAGCCUAACCGAAUCAUUCCGCAACGAGCUGCAGCUGAAGCAGCAAUCGUUCGAUACGGCCCUCGCCCAGAACUACAUCUCCAAGAACAUCCACCAGGAGAAGGUGCGCGAGCUGAACGAACUGCACUACCGGCUGGAGGAUGCGCACAACGACCUCUCCGCCAUGGCGCAGACGGAGGACGCACUGCGCAAGCAGCUGGCCGACUGCGAGCGGAACGUGCUGGCGAUGAAGAAAAGUCUCGACGAGGCGACACUCCAGGCGUCCAAGGCGGCGAUCGACCGGACCAAGGCGCUCAACGAGAAGCGCCAGCUGGAGAGCGAGCUGGGGUACGCGCAGGAUGAGCUGAAGCAGCUGAAGGUGGAGAAGAACCAGCUGAACGAGCAGCUGCAGGCCGUGAUGAUGCGAUCGCCCCGAACGGCCGGUGCGAGCGGCGGCAGACGCAUGGUGGGACAGGAUGGCAAUCUGUCGACGUCGGGCACGGACGAGGAAACGGCCGGCCGACGGCAGCUGGAAAACUCCUCGCCCGAUCUGGGCAUCGAGAGCGAUCCGGGCCGUCUGUCGAACGUGGAGCUGGGCGGUGAGCUGAAGUACGCCACAUCGCCCCAACAGCGGCCACUGCUCAAAACGCUUGAACUGACGAAAUCGAUGUCCAAUCUGCUCUUGAAUCCGGCCAUGGAUGUCAAACUAGAGGACGGAGAAUCGUCAAAGGGCGCCGGGGGCGAGCAAGAGUCGCCGGAAGCGACAACCAUCGUCAAGCACGACUGUGCCAAAAUCGAGGUCGACUACCGGGAUCUGCAACGGCGGUACAACAAAACGCGCCACUGUUUGGCGGUGGCGUACGACAAAAUAAAGUCGUCCAACAGGGUGAAGAAGCAGCUCGAGGUGGACUUGAAGCAGCAGAUCCACAAGACGCACGCCGUCCUCAAGACGGUGCACCGGAACAUGGAUUCGAACGGUGGCGGUAGCAACGAUGACUAAGCUCCGGGUCUUAAUGUCGACCGCGCGCACACCAACACCAUAUACUUACAGCGUUUUGACGAGUUUUAAUCUCUGCGUGUGUGUGUGUGUGUGUGUGUGUGUGAGAGAGAGAGAGAAGCGUGUUAUGUGUAUAUACUGAGCCACCCUCGGGGUAGUAGAUUUGUGAGUGAGUGAGUCAUGUGUAAGAGACAAAGAAACUGUUCCAUAUUCCAUUUCUGCGUCACGGGUGUACAUUUUCACUUGACCCGCCCCCCGGAGUGAAGCGAGGCAACUGCUUACAUGAGGUGUAAAUAUGAGCGAUCAGAUAGUUAGUGUGUGUGUGUGAGUGAGUGAGUGUCCCGGGAAGAAUUUACGAGAUGAGAUUAGGGACGGAGCAGCAGAAGAAUGUGAGACUAAUUUAUUUGUGAAGUGUUUUAUUCGGUAGUGAUGAUGAUGAUGGAGGAGUCCAACCAGACAAAAGGAUGCGAGCAAAUAAAAGCCCCGUACUGUUUUUUGAUGAUAGAAA